AUGUUUGUCUACGACUCCCUCGACAGCCAUGGCGGCGCAGCACACGCCAUCCGGCUCUUGACCAUACUGCCAUCCAGCGUGGGCGGCCCCAUUGAAUGCCGGCUCGCCUCCCACAGGAUAUCCGUGGAUGAGAGGUCCAGAGCUUGUGGCGGAAUUGACAUUUUUGAGCUGUCUCGCACAAUAGGUAGACUGCCUAGAUACGAGGCCCUUUCCUAUGUAUGGGGGAGUAUCCAUGAGAAGGCUGAUAUCACCGUUAAUGGCCAGCCCCAUCGCGUCACAAAACGGUUGGAGGCUGCGCUGAGGGAUCUGAGGAACCAAGAUGAGGAGAGGACGAUGUGGAUCGAUGCGUUGUGCAUUGAUCAGGAGAACGCGCCGGAGAAGAGCGUACAGAUUCUUCUAAUGAACAGGAUAUACGAGGCCGCCCAUCGGGUUAUAGCUUGGCUCGGUCCCAGCAGUCCAGUCGGAGACUUGGCGGUGGAAAUUGUGAAGCAGGUCGGCGGUUCCGAUGAUGUUCUCACGAGGGGGUUCGAUGACGGCGUGAGCCCGAUACGGAUGAUCCCAAAGGUGCUGGAUGACGCUCCGUCGCUGAGCAGCAUCGUCUUUGAGAACGGGGACAGAUGGGCAGCUCUAAGAUGGGUUUUGGAGAAUCCCUGGUGGAAGCGAGCUUGGAUCAUCCAGGAAGGGACCCAUGCGGAUGAUCUGAGGUUCCAAGUAGGGCGAGAGACCUUUGGGGUGGACAGCCUGACAAAUAUCAUCAGCAGCCGGGACUAUCGUGUGGCCGAUUACGGGGAGCUCGAUAUGCAGGCUCUAUGCCAGCCUCUGGCUGCACUCAUGCACGAACGGAGUCUCCGACGAAACGAUGAUUUCCACACGGGGUUCCGACAGUCAGCGUCUCUGAUGAGCUUGCUCUCCAGGUUCGACUAUAGCGAGUCCAGCGACCCGAGAGACAAGAUCUAUGCCCUUCUAAACUUGUGCGACUUGGAUCAGCUAGACAUCACGCCUGACUAUUCAAGGUCGGUGCAGCAGGUUUACCAGGACACCGCGAUGGCAAUCAUACAGAAGGAAAAAUCACUCAACGUCCUUAACGACGUACGUCGUUCGAUGAAAGCUUCGAGCGUAUCAGCAAGCCUCCCUUCUUGGGUACCAGAUUUCUCCGUGCCUGCAGCUAUAAGCCCCGUUGUAUUGCUACCAAGCCAACGGGCUGGCUCCUUUCGUGCUGCAGGCGAUACGGAAGCCGACUACACGUAUACGGAUGAAAAUGGUGGCCCGUUGGGGCAACUGCAGGUUUCGGGAUAUAAGUUUGACCUCAUAACGGAAACCUUUGCUUAUCCACCGCAAGAAUCCUUUCAAGACGACUCAUGGGCGAGCAUUGUCCGUGAGUGGGCUUUAACCGCGCGUCAUGGUGCCUAUCCCACGGGUGGGAGCUAUGAAGACGCGAUCUGCCGUACACUUCUCCAAGAUCGAAUACGUUCUGCCAAGGAGCGGAUCACUGACGAUGAUUUUGCGCGACUGAAGAGGUCCUUCUCUGCUUGGGUUCACGAUGAGAACAUGAACGUUCCGGCUCUGAAGGAAGGAAACAAGGCGAAAGGCUCUUCUGACGAUCAUGCAGAGGAGCCUCAGGCUCUCGAAGAACGUUGGAAACGAUCAGUCUAUAGUUCCAUCACCGCGGGUAAAGAUAGUUCAGAGUUCAAGAAGUUCCUGAUUCAAAAAUGGGAGAGGGAGGACACUCGCCGCCAGGAACGCGCCGAGCUGGCCGAGAGAUUCUUAGAGCGCUCUUUUCUUGAUCACGUUAAGCCUCGGUUAAUGGGCUGGAAAAUGGCAUAUUCGGCAAAAGGCUAUGUGGCUUUGGUCCCUUUUGAUUCCCAGGUGGGAGAUAUGCUAGCUGUGUUCGCAGGUUUAAGCGUUCCGGUGGUGGUUCGCAGGCUGGAGCCAGCGGAGGACAUGUUUCUCGGUAGCUGCUAUAUACACGGGAUGAUGGACGGUGAUGCGCGGGUCAUAGAAGGCCUAAAGGAGAAGAGCGAAGUAUUUGCGUUGAUUUGA